AUGGCAACGGUAACGAAUAGGGGUCGAAAAAAAGCUUUACUCAAGGUCAUUAUUUUGGGUGACUCUGGUGUAGGUAAAACUUCGCUUAUGAACCAGUAUGUGAACAAACGAUUUAGUAAUCAAUAUAAGGCGACAAUUGGUGCUGAUUUUUUGACCAAGGAUGUGAUGAUCGGUGAUCGAAUGGUCACUAUGCAAAUAUGGGAUACCGCUGGUCAAGAACGAUUCCAAUCUCUUGGUGUUGCUUUUUAUCGAGGCGCAGAUUGUUGCGUUCUAACUUAUGAUAUUACCAAUGGUGCUUCAUUCAAGAGUCUGGACUCAUGGCGUGACGAAUUUCUUAUUCAAGCUAGGUGCCCACGCGAUCCAGAGCAUUUUCCUUUUGUAUUAUUGGGCAACAAGGUCGACCUAGAAGCAUCUCGUGCAGUAACAACGAAAAGAGCGAAGGCUUGGUGUGAUAUGAAAAAUAUUAAAUAUUAUGAGGUAUCAGCGAAAGAAGCUGUAAAUGUCGAACUGGCAUUCGUUGAAAUCGCUCGAGAUGCUUUACAGCGCGAAAAUUCUGAUAUUCAAGAUUUCCCAGAAUUUCCUGAUCAAAUUCGUCUUGAUGGCCGAAAUACAUCCCAGCCAUCUGGUGGAUGUAACUGCUAA